CAGAUAACUUUAUGGUUUCUAAAAGUAGGGGAUGGUUGAAAUAUUUAGGAUAAUCCUGGCUUGUGUAUUGUUUGGUACAGCGCUCUUGUUGGAGUUGGAUUUUAAAUGCAGAAACACUGAUGUUUUCCCGGAGGACAGUUUCCAGUUGACCUGCUCUCUAUAUUAUACAGAGCCGUUUAAAAAUGUCAAUAUUUCUUUGUACUGGCCGAAUAUAAACACGAGACAACUGCAGCCUUUGUUGAACUCGUAUCGAAUAUCAAACCCGUUUGGAGCUUUGGAUGACGUAACUGUGACGUCAGAUGAUGACGUCACUCGGACGAAAAUUCAAGCGAAGUUUGACUUUUUUCCAGAAAAUAAGGAUAUUUUGUUCGAUUUGACGGUAAGGGCUGAGAAAAUUGAAGUUGGGGACAAGAUAAUAGUAAAAGGUUUUGCCAGUGUCCAGAACUACAAUGGUGACAUUACGUCUGCAAAGUCUCCUUCGAUCAUUACUUGCGUUGGACCAUGUCUAACUGUGACGUCACAAGAGGAUGACGUCACACGAAGAUCGGGAAACUCAUAUUCGAUGGAAACAACAGUACAGUCGUGUCCUGAUGCUACAGAAGAUCCAUUAAAUGUUAAAGUGCUAAUAAAGGCAAGCGCAGGUUUACGCUACAAGUCUGGAGUUAGUGCAAUAUCUAGUACAGGAAUACUCGACACUGUCGCACUUUCUUUUAACAAAUGGGUUACAAUCGACAACGUUUAUCGAAACCAAACGCUUACACUUUGGUAUGACUAUGACGUAACCAAUGACGUCAUUCUCAACUCCAUGGCCACAAUAGAAACCAUCGUAGAAUAUACGGCAACUAAUGAAAAAACAUAUAACGCAACGAGUAGUACAGAAUGGCCGACCGAAAGUCUGGAGUGUAACUCCUGUCAUUUGAACUUUGACUUGACAAUCACACCAGAUGACGGAUUUGAAAUUACAACUUGUGUGACCAUUCCACCUGGCACCGUGUAUUUAGAUUUAAAUUUAGAAUUUCUGCAACAGCAAAACUCGUUGAAGCUGGUCAUAAAUUCUGGGAGCGUGACGUCACAAAAAGAAAUAAUCAUAAACAAUAAAAGGACCCGGAAUUUUAACGAAAGAGUUACACCGAUCAGACGAAAGCGAUCGAUCGACGAUGACGUCACUGACACGUGGGCGAUAGGAAACGUCACCAAUCCCCAAACCGACAACAACAUGUUAAUCAUAGUGGCCCAAGUUGCCCCUAAAGUAACUUCUCGCGCUGCCGGCGACCAAAUUUCUGGCGAGAUGAUCGUUUCUAUGACAGAACUUGGCAGAAUAUUGGAAAGAACAGUCGUGGUUACUUCACCCGAACUAUCAGUGAACAAGUCGGUCCAGGUGACCGACACAGCUGCAAAUCCAGAUGUGUUUCGUAUAUCAUUGCAGGGUAAACCCCUUGCCAACUACGUCACUGCCUAUGACGUCAUAGUUUCCGAAUCUACCGCCGAGCUGUCGGCAUUAGAGUAUAUCAUACCUACAGACACAAGCAGAAUUGAGGUUCAAAAUAAUGCGGGAAUUACGAAGUUUUUUGCUGGAAACAUAACAAAUUCCACAGUUUUCCAAGUGGUUUAUGACGCAACAGUUCGCGAUUUUGGAAGUGAAGUGACGUCAACCGUGUUUGUGACGUCAUCAAUUACGUAUUACACCACACAGCAGCGGACGUUACAGAGAACAGUUAACGCUACAGUUUGUCUGACAGUCAACCCUGUCCCAACAACUUGCAUUUGGUGUGCUGUUCUUUUGAUCAUUAUUUGCUUGCUGGUGGGGUUUUUACUGGCAGCAUUGAUCAUGGCUUGCUGGGUUGCUUGUAUUCCUAGAUCUAUGCCUUUGGUUGGGCCUGGUUCAAAAACCAAGAAAUCUUCAACCGACAUAUCCCUUUCAAAAAACAUGACAGAAAUGCUUCAACUUGACUCUAAAACUGAAAUAAGCCAGGCAGCAGUAAUGUUUCAUCUUGAUGCAAUGUUAGAUUUGGAUCGCAAAAUAAGAGAAUCAAGAACGCUGUUGAUCAGUCAAGGCUUCAGAUUAAUUCUAAAACAUAAUACGACUUACGAGAACAGAGCCGAACGAGAAGAGUAUUAUAGGUUAUUGGAACAUUUUGAUCACCAUUUAAAAGAAAAACAGAAAAGGAAUGUUGUGCAUGCAAAUGUAAAAAGAACUCGUACGAUUCCAUAUGUCGAUUUUAAGCAUUGGAAAGAAAGACUUCGAGAAUUUAACCCAGAGUUUCGCAACGAAGUUUUAAAAAUGCUGCAAAAAAUCAAAACUCGCCAAUUAGUUUCUGAAAAUUUUCUAAGGUAUCUAUACGAGCAGUCAGAUUCCUAUCUAGAAACGUGUGAAGACAAAAGCUAUGACGAGUUGCUGAAGGACAUUGAAAAACUCUCGGAAAGAAACAAAUCCACUUUUGCUUUGGCCCAACUGGUUCACGAUGUGUCGGUAAAACUCGACCAAAUUAUGAGAAAUAAUGUUCAGAAAAUUGCUUUGUGGACGAGGUCACGUGAGCGAGAAUCGUUCAAGCGUUACGACGAAAGGACGCUCAAAAAGAAAACAUGGAAUCAAAUAGCGAUGCUGCAGGCCGAGAUCAUUGAAAAGGCUGAAAGGCAAGAAAUUUUAGCUCCCGACGACAAAGAAGAAUUAUUCGCAUUUGUGCUUUCAUAUAUGAGCGAGGCAAAAGGGAAGUUUGACAAUGAGUUGCCUAAAAUUCAGAAACAGCUGUGCACAGAGUAUGAGGCAACAACAGCAUCAACAAAGAAAAAGAAUAAAGCAAGAGAAAAUGAAACAAGCGGUCAAAGUAUCAGCGAUAUUGAACUUUUACCGAAAUGGAUUGACCAAGUAAUGUUUAAGUUGGAAUCGAACCUUGCAACUGACAGAGAAAACGAGAUGUCAUUUGACCGGUUGGCUUUUGAUGGUUAUCGAAACAUUGAAGGCUUGGUGAACGAAAUAAACCAAGACAUUGAAGUUGGGAAAUCUAAUCUUAAAUCACUUUUAAUAUCGAAAGGUGCUCGAAAAAAUUGGGUGGAGACUGUUUUCCGCAAGAAAGAACAAAAACUUGAGAAGUCUUCAAUGGAAACGACCCAGCAAACUGAAACAUUGAAGCGCCGCCAUGUUAAACAAGAUAACACAGGGGUUCAACUGCUGGAUAAAAUAUUUUACUCCCAACAAGAAGUUCGGACCAAGGAAACCAUUUGUUUUUAUUGCCAACAAUCGCAAAAUAUGUCAGAUGUGCAAACUCGCAUGAUAAAAGAGUUAUUGGAAAGCCGAAUAUCUGAACACUUACGAAUGGAACAGCUUAUGAAAGAAGCGAGUGAAGCUGUGCCUCAAGGUGUGACGGAAGAAGAAAUUAGACUCGAGUUGAAAGAAAAACUUUCGAUAUAUUGCGGAGAUGGACCUUUCGUGGGAACACCUGGGAAAACAAAACUAAAAACCAAGAAAUUGAACCAAUUAGUUGGAAUUCAAAAUUCUGUUUCUGCUCUGCCAGCACCUCGUAUCUCUGACGCAAAAUCUUUAUUGGACCUUGAAUGCAAGCGGCGUGCUGUUGAAGAUCUGAUGAUGACGUUUCUAGAACUGAUGACGUCAUCAGAAAAAAUUAAACCCGAGACGUGUAAGAUAGUUCUACAUGAAUAUAAAACGCAGCGUGAAGGGAUUACUGGCAAGAUUUCGGACGAGAGGAAAAUGCGAGAAAACGAAUUAAAAGAAGAAGUUUCAAAAAGACUGUUGUGUUUAAAUAAAGCAGAGGAAGUUGCACAAAGUUUUGACAUGGCAAGAGAGUUGAUGCCUGCUGGUUUAAAUAUAACAGCGAGAGCAUUGGAGAGAUGUAAGAAACAAACUAUACGAGAAAGAUUAACUUUGCAACAUCUUUUCGGAAUCAAAGAAGAAUUUCGAAUGAAAAAGCAGAAAGCAUUAUUCGACCAGGACAUGUUAUUAGUGCGUGGUCUUGUUACGGCAUCUGGAGCAUCGUAUGCUGACGUACGAGACGCGUUACAACUAUUGUUGCCUGGACAACCGACAGCGGAAAUUGAAGCAAUGGUCCGAUACAUACAUCCUAACAAGCAAAAUAAAACAAACACCUCGUUCGGAAUAUUGGUAAAGCGAAUCGAGGAGAUCGUAAAACAGAGGCAGUUAAAAUCCAAAAAUAAAACCUCUUCCAUAAAAAGAAAAGUUUCGUUUGCUCAAGACCGGAUGAAACCAGUUCAACUCGAUCCGCUAGGUGGGAACAGAGAUCUCCAUAAACUUGGGACUCGUCCAGAACCAUUGGGGAGAAUCGCCUCCCCAGAUCAUGGGACGAGAUGAUAAUAUUUAAUUACAGUGCUUAACCAAAGUCGACCGACAAGUUAUUAAAAAAAAACUUUUCAAAAAAAACAUUUUUUUAAAUUUUUAGUUUAUAUUUUUCUGUUAUUUCCCACUCAUUGAACACAAAAAUGUAAAUUAAAAACAAAUUAUUUUUGUUCAAAAAUGCUUAUCUUAACUAUAGUACAAGUCUCAUUAACUGUGUGUUUUCCGAUGGCCACGCUUUUUAACUGAAACUUUUUUGCCCACACCUUUAUUCAUAUAGUGUGUUUUUCGGACUGGUAUAUUGCUGUUGUUUCUUACCUACGUUUUUUAUAAUAACAUGGUCUUCGGUUUGUGGGUUUCGAAGAGAUAAAUUAAAAUUUAUUUUCAGUAAUGUAAUAAAUGUAAAAACAAGCUUACAGCAUAAGGUAUACUGAAGUCACUUAAAAGUGAAAAAAAAAGUGAAAAAAAAAGUGAAAAGGUGUGCUAUUUUCUCCUACCCUACUAUUUGACUAAAACAUCUCCAAACAACUUUUAGCCGUGUUAUUUUACGCACAACAUUUACGCACCUCAUUCAAGUUGUACAAUUUUAAGACUACUUUCCGUGGCAAAUAUUUAACAUUUAAAAAUAAAAAAAACGCGUUGAGACAA